UUUUUAGGUUCUUGGACUUAAGAAUGAAUAUUGAAGAUAAGCUGGGAGGAUUGUUUCUCAAAUGUGGUAGCAUAGAGCAAAUGCAGUCAUCCAGGGAUAUGGUUGGAAUGGGUGCCUCAUCAGACCAGUCGGCCAUUUCUGGGGAACGACAGGGAGCAGUGCUUCAUGACCGAGGAAUGGCACACCAAGAAAUUCUUUCUGCAGACGAAGUCUUACAAGAAAGUGAGCUUCGACAACAAGAAAUGAUACCACAUGAUGAACUCAUGGUGCAUGAGGAGACAGUGAAGAAUGACGAUGAGAUGGAGACGCAAGACAGACUUCCUCAAGGGCUUCAGUAUGCGGUUAAUGUCCCUCAGAUAAGUGUAAAACAAGAAAUUACCUUUACUGAUGUAGCAGAAGAGCAAAAAAGGGACAAAAAACUACUACAAGAGGGGCUAGAUUUGCAAAAAAAGAAGAAAAGGAAACAGCGGUCACCAGCAAAGAUUCUUACAAUAAAUGAGGAUGGAUCACUGGGUCUGAAAACUACCAAAUCUCACAUUUGUGAGCAUUGCAAUGCUGCCUUUAGAACCAACUACCAUUUACAGAGGCAUGUCUUCAUUCAUACAGGUGAAAAACCCUUUCAGUGCAGUCAGUGCGACAUGCGUUUCAUACAGAAGUACCUGCUACAGAGACACGAGAAGAUUCACACUGGUGAAAAACCAUUUCGUUGUGAUGAAUGUGGUAUGAGAUUUAUACAGAAGUAUCACAUGGAAAGGCACAAGAGGACCCAUAGUGGAGAGAAGCCUUACCAGUGUGAAUAUUGCUUGCAGUUCUUCUCAAGGACUGACCGUGUGCUGAAACACAAACGUAUGUGCCAUGAAAACCGUGACAAGAAACCCAACAGAAGUGCCACCAAAGCUGGCCUUUUGACACCUGAUGAAGAUCAAGGCUUCCUUAUGCCUUUGAAAGAUAGCUCUUUGCCAAAGAAGAAGAGGCAAAAAAUGGAGAAAUCAAAGGCUUCAGUGCUGGACAAAGAAACUGGGACAGAUAAAUCUGAGCAUAAGAAAGAUAAGAAUGAUUUCUUGCCUUUGUAUGCUGCCAGUGCUAAGAUAAAGGAUGAAUAUAUGGUAGCUGAAUAUGCAGUCGAGCUACCACAUUCUUCUGUCAGUGGAGGACACUUGCAAGAAGCAGAUUCUGGAGAAAUACACUCACCUAAAUUGGUGCUCAAAAAAGUUAACAGUAAGAGAAAUCUAAAACAGUCACUAGAGCAGAGUCAGACCAUUUCAUCAUUAGCCUCUUACGAAGACAGCAAGGUUUCGAAGUAUGCCUUUGAUCUUGUGGAUAAACAAGGCCUGUUGGACUCCCAAGGCAAUGCUGACAUUGACCAAGUUGAUACUUUACAGGAAGGUCCGAGUAAACCUGUACAUAGCAGCACAAACUAUGACGAUGCGAUGCAGUUUUUAAAGAAAAGAAGGUAUCUCCAAGCAGCUAAUACUCAUAGCAGAGAGUAUGCCUUGAAUGUUGGCACCAUAGCUUCUCAGCCUUCAGUCACACAAGCUGCUGUCGCAAGUGUGAUAGAUGAAGGCAGCACAGCAUCCAUAUUGGAUACAGCAGGUUUGAAUGUGGAGAUUAAAAGUAACCAUGACAAAAAUGUCAUUCCAGAUGAGGUACUUCAAACUCUGUUAGACCAUUAUUCCCAUAAAGCAAAUGGCCAGCAUGAAAUAGCUUUCAACGUAGCUGAUGCUGAAGUGACCUCUAGUAUAUCAAUUAAUUCUUCUGAAGUAUCAGAAGUCACACAAACUGAGACUGUUGCAUCAAGCUCUCAAGCUUCCUCAUCUGAUAAAGCAAGUAUGUUACAGGAAUAUUCCAAGUUUCUUCAGCAAGCUUUGGACAGAACUAGCCAAAACGAUGCCUAUUUGAACAACCCAAGCCUUAAUUUUGUGAGUGACAACCAGACUCUUACAGGGCAACCAGCAUUUAUAGACAAACAGGUCUAUGCUUCUAUACCUGUCAACAGUUUUCGGUCAGGAAUGAACUCUCCAUUAAGAACAACUCCAGACAAGUCUCAUUUUGGACUUAUGGUUGGUGAUUCCCAGCACUCUUUUUCCUUUUCAGGUGAUGAGCCAAAUCAUUCUUCUUCUUCCUCUACCCAGGACUUCUUGGAUCAGGUGACUUCUCAGAAGAAAGCAGAGGCCCAGCCUGUUCAUCAAGCUUAUCAGAUAGGUUCCUUUGAACAGCCAUUCAGAGCUCAGUACCAUGGAACAAGAGCUGGAAUAUCAUCUCAGUUUAACACUGCUAAUGGACAAGUGAACCUGCGGGGACAAGGGACAAAUGCUGAAUUCCCAGAAUUCCCCUUGGUGAAUGUAAAUGAUGCUCGAGCUGGGAUGAACUCUUCACCAGAUGCCACAACAGGCCAGACAUUUGGCUAAAAGAAUCAGUAGAAAUAAGGUUGGCACUUUAGCACAGGUCUAUAAGAAAUAAGCGUGUUCUAUAGAAUCCUAUACACAUUUAAGGCCUUGUGUUAUAACAAAAAAAAAAAAAACGAGCUGGUACAGCAAGUAUUGCUAAUUUUUGUUUGUUAAUCACCAUUCUUUUUAAAUUGCCUUAGAUGUGAGCAUCCACUGAAAAGGCAGGUGGUUAUUUGCUUGUUUGAGAUCAGGAACUUGCUACAUUGAGAUAUAACAUAACAUGAAACAAACCAAAAAACAACAAAAUAAUCCCACAAAAGAUUUCUUUCCUGUCAUCAUUUUCUAGUUUGGUUAUCAUUGAAUAUUUUUGGGAGAAUGAUAAUUAUGAGAUCAUUCAUAUUGGAAUUUCCUUGUUAGUCUAGCCAUUGCACUUCAAUAGGGAAUGUGAAUAGACUGUGUAGACGAAAUAAACUUUAAAGUUUAAGUGUAGUGCAUUCUGGAAAACAGAUACCAUUCUGUCAUCUCUCUUAAAAAUAGUUCACAAGAUUCCUUUUGCCGUUUUCUUUGCAUUUCCUUUUACUACACCUUGAGAAAGGUGACAAUGCUUGCUAGACUCACUCCUCUAUUUAAAUGUCAGAUUUAGUUUUAAAAAUUUAAAGGCAAAAUACCUACUAUUAAUACUUCCUUAUUGAAGUAUUGUAAAUUUCUUCGUACGUGAACAUAACUUUUGUGACUUUCCUCUCCACCUGGCAGGUAUCAAGAUUGUUAGGUUUUAGUUAAAAUGGUUUGUAGUCUACAUUCCCAGUUUCACAAUGCUUAUAUAAAUGGUGAACUCCAAAGUUUAAAUGUGUUUCAUCCUACAGAUCUGCAAUAAUUAACAUUAGAGCACUUAGAUUAUUUUCAAUAUUUUUCUGCUUUUCUCAAAAAAAAUAAAUAAAACUAUUUUAGACUUUUA